AGAAAGCGGGCGGCCAGUCUGAGGAGAGAGAAAUAAACAGCGACAGAUACAGAGCCGGACACGGGGAGCCGAAACGGGCGCACGGAGCAGCUGCACAGAGCGGCCCUUCUCACCAUGACCCAGCGGAAGAUUAACGGCGGACCUACCGUGUCAGCGGCGCGGGUCUGAAUGGUUAAAGACACUGGAAACGCGGAGAAGCGCCGUGUUUCUGUUCAGAGGUUGUUUUGGGGACGGCUUUACUGAAUGGAUUUGACUGAAUGAGAGUAAUCUUCAGCUGGCCUUAAUGCUCCACCUUGUAGAGUCCAAGUGAGAUCUCAGAAAACAAAAGUUUGCUUUGUUACAAACUUAAUAUUUCUGUUUUUUACUGGAGUAGAUGGAAAGAGCGAUAAAGAAACACUGGAGCUGAAUCUAUGAACAGCAUGAGUGUCAGGGAGCAGUGCUGGAGUGAAGAGGAUUCAGAGGGGGACAGUGACUGUGAGGACUUUUUCUAUGGAGCACAGGGACAUUAUGUUGCUGACCUGUACUGCCAUCCUCAAUUGGACACAGACGUUGGAGCUGUGAAAGACAUCUAUUCUGACUGUGCUGUUUCUGUAAGGGAAUAUGAGACAAUUGAUGAUGUGGAUAUUGACCUCCACAUCAACAUUGGCUUUCUGGAUGAGGAAGUAGCCUCAGCAUGGAAAGUCAACAGAACAGAACCUGUUGUUCUACGCCUUCGCUUUUCAUUGUCCCAGUACCUGGAUGGACCAGAGCCAUCAGUAGACGUGUUCCAGCCAUCCUGUAAAGAUGGCUUUAAUCUUGGAUUACAACUCAAAAGAAUUCUUUCCACAUUCAUAUCUAAUCAGUGGAAGCACCUCAGCAAUGAGUUUCUGAGAACUCAGCAGAAGAAGAGGCACAGUUGGUUCAAGGCUGGAGGAACAAUCAAGAAGUUCCGUGCUGGUCUCAGCAUCUUCACACCAAUAGCCAAGUGCCCCAAUGUUCCUCUGAUCCAGGGCCCCGGGGAGAAGGGCAGGACUACAGGGCCAGAACCAAGAGUAAAUCGCCUGAUGAACCGCUCAGUCUCCUGCACCAUGAAGGUGCCCAAAGGAGAGUUACUCACAUAUGCACCAAAUGGACAGAGUGUGGCAGUCCCUGGCUCCAGGUCCACAGUGCAGAUCACCACCAAACAGCUUAUCGAGCUCUUUUUCUCCUCACAAGCUCUACUUCACUGCAAAAGUAUACCUACUCUAGAAUAUGGCUUUCUUGUACAGAUCAUGAAAUACUCAGAACAGAGAAUUCCCACUCUGAAUGAGUACUGUGUGGUCUGUGAUGAGCAGCACGUCUUUCAAAAUGGAUCCAUGCUUAAGCCAGCAGUGUGCACGAGAGAGUUAUGUGUGUUCUCGUUCUACACACUGGGAGUUAUGUCAGGUGCUGUAGAGGAUGUGGCAACAGGAGCUGAGGUGGUUGAUUUACUGGUGGCGAUGUGCAGAGCUGCUCUGGAGUCGUCCCGUAAAAGCAUAAUCUUUGAUCCUUAUCCGUCUGUGGUCGACCCGUUUGAUUCCAAAGCUUUGGCCUUUAACCCCAAGAAAAGAAGUUAUGAGCGGCUGCAGAAAGCUCUGGACAGCAUCAUGUCAAUACGAGAAAUAACUCAAGUAAGCAAUGGUUCCUAUGUAGAGAUAAAGAAACAGAUGGACAAACUGGAUCCACUUGCACAUCCUCUUUUACAGUGGAUCAUAUGCAGUAAUAGGUCACAUAUUGUCAAGUUACCGUUAAGCAGGCAACUCAAGUUCAUGCACACCACCCACCAGUUCCUACUGCUCAGUAGCCCUCCUGCCAAAGAGGCUCGAUUCCGCACAGCUAGGAAACUGUACGGGAGCACGUUUGCCUUUCAUGGUUCCCAUAUAGAAAACUGGCACUCUAUUCUACGAAAUGGACUAGUUAACGCCUCCUACACAAAGCUGCAGCUGCAUGGGGCAGCCUAUGGGAAGGGCAUCUACCUCAGCCCCAUCUCCAGUAUCUCUUUUGGAUACUCAGGGAUGGGGAAAGGACAGCACCACAUGCCCACAAAGGAGGAGUUAGUACAGCACUAUAACAGAGUCAACACCAUCUCACAGAGUCGUCCAGUACAGUCAAGGUUUCUUCAGAGUCGGAAUCUAAACUGUGUUGCACUCUGUGAAGUAAUAACUUCCAAGGACCUCCAGAAACAUGGGAACAUUUGGGUGUGCCCAGUGCCUGACCAUGUCUGCACACGCUUCUUUUUUGUGUAUGAGGAUGGUCAGGUGGGAGAUGCAAACAUCAACACACAGGAGCCCCAUAUUCAGAGGGAGAUUUUGCGUGUGAUUGGGAUGCAGGCCAGCUGAAUGUGAAGCUCCUACACUGUGAGGGAUACAAAUCUGUGGUUAUGCUGCAUCUCAAUGUCAGUGUGGCCAAAUUACAAAGUGGUUAUAACAGAGGGACCAAUUCUGAGAUGUGUUUUUUUUUUACUAUUAAAGAGGGAAAAAUGUUUUUGUAUUCACAUAAAAUCAGCUUCAUAUGUAUGUUCUUUUAUAUGUGUGAUUUACACAUGCUACCAUUUCACAUACAGUAUGUCUUCUCUUUUUGUACAAAUCAGUGGAAUAGAGGCAAAUGUAUGUCCCUCUUACAACCACUGGAGGGCUCUGUUGCCAAGUUUAAGCACGAAGAAUGCCAGUGCACAGGUCAGCUGUGUUUUACCUGCCCAUGGUUCUGACCAUGUAUUCCUGUUUCCCAAGAUGUCAGCUGAUUUAGAUGAAAAGGGUGCUACAUAAGAUGUCAGCAUGAAAAGGGUGCUAAGGUUUGUAUAUCUGGAAAAGGCUUCUUCCAUUAUUUGGUUAACCCUAUCUGUCUAUUCUGUUGAAAUGAAAUGUACAACCCCAAAUCAGAAAGGGUUGGGACAGUAUGGAAAAUACAAAUAAUUCAAAGUGUUUCUAACAUUUACUUUGGCUUGUACUUCAUUGCAGAUAUUUUGAACACAGUAUUAAUAAGAAGAUAUUUCAUGCCUUUUCUGGUCAACUUCUUUUUAUUGGUUAAUACAUAUCCUUUUUUUGCUAUUCCAAACACAUUACAAAAAAAACAUUUCUUCUUAUAGCACUUAAAAGACAUUUUAGCACUGAGAAUUUCAAGCAAUGAAGUGUUUUAGGUAUUAUUUUGUCCUAUGCUUCCUGCAAACACAUCUUAAUGUGUAAAAAAGUACAAGGUCCUUGUUGUUGCAUUUUUUUUUUGUGUCAAAAUUCUCCACGUUUUCUUUUGGGCACCUGGGCCUUA